UCUUACUUGUCUUUCCAAGAGCCUUUGGGCAUUUCCUUGGUAGUGAUCGCAGUCUCCUUUUCUGUCAUUUUGGCUUUGGUGCUGGGGAUCUUCAUUAAACAGCAGGACACUCCCAUCGUCAAAGCCAACAACAGGAACCUCACCUACAUUCUUCUCAUUGCUCUCCUCCUCUCCUUCCUUUGUACUUUUCUCUUCAUUGGACAACCUGACCAAGGGAAAUGUCUCAUACGACAAACUGCUUUUAGCAUCAUCUUCUCAGUCGCCCUUUCCAGUAUUCUUGGUAAAACAAUCAUAGUUGUUCUAGCUUUCAUGGCCACCAAGCCAGGCUCCAAAAUGAAAAAAUGGUUAGGGAAAAGUCUGGGGAACUUUAUUGUCCUUUCUUUCUCCCUGGUGCAAACAACAAUCUGUCUUGUGUGGCUGGCACUUUCUCCCCCAUUCCCAGAUUCUGACAUGCAUUCAGUGGCUGAAGAAAUUGUCCUAGAAUGUAAUGAAGGUUCAGCCAUGAUGUUUUAUUUUGUCUUUGGCUUUAUGGGGUUCUUGACUGCUAUCAGCUUCACUGUGGCCUUCCUAGCUAGGAAUUUACCUGACAGCUUCAAUGAAGCCAAAUUUAUCACCUUCAGUAUGUUGGUCUUCUGUAGUGUCUGGAUAUCAUUUGUUCCCACCUAUCUAAGUACGAAGGGGAAAUACAUGGUGGCAGUGGAGAUCUUCUCCAUUUUGGCUUCAGCAGCUGGAUUGCUGGGCUGCAUCUUUUCUCCCAAAUGCUAUAUCAUUAUUCUGAGACCUGAUUUAAAUAAGAAGGAGCAACUAAUAAAGAAAUGA